CCCGGUGGUAUGGUAAUGGGGCGCUGGGGGCGUAGUAGGGCUUCCAACAAGGCCCAUGAACCCCGGGAGAAGCCCCGAGGCUCCCGCAGUGGCUCCUACAGCGACGACUACCGCAUCACGCCCGAACUCCAGGCGCCGCACGCCCACAGGCACGCCCACAAGACGACCAGCGACGCCCGCGGCCUUGAGAGUGACGCGUGCUGUUCCCAGGACGAGCGGUGCUGCGAGGGCCGCAGUCCCUGUUGUUCCCAGGACGAACGGUGCUUCAGUUCGGACUCUUCGCCUCGGUAUAGCCCCCGUCGGGGUCGCAGCGCCUCGGGGGGCUCCCGACGGGGGUCCUUCGGGGGUCUCGAUGUGGUGGUCGUAGACCAAGGACACGUGGACCUCCGUCGUCCCGCGCUGUGCACGUCCUGUGAGUCCUGCGAGUCCUGUCACUGGACCGGAGAGUCUAUCACUAGGAUUGAAUUGAAGAAUAAUUUGUUUACGUCCCCCAUGCACAGCGAGCAGAUUGGGAACUAUGAUUAUUGUGGACGGGAACCUUCGCCCACACGCGCCCGUGGGCGGGAAUCUUCCCCCACACGCGCCCGCGGACGAGAUCCCACCCCAACUCACGCCCGCGGGCGGGAAGCCACCCCCACACACACCCACAACAGCCCCCACAGACGCUGCCAGACGACGGAGAGCGACGAGCAGCGUAGGAGUGGCGGACGACGCGGCACGGUGGACGACACGAGGCACAGGAUAGCGCCCCAAAGCAGGGUGUCACGGAAUGGCAGUGACGCCCGUGUCGCCGGUAGACGGAACACAGCCAACACCCGCAGGACGCCCUCAGUCGCCCGUGACCCAGCCCACGGACGCGUCAGUCGCAAGGAUGAGCACAGGUCAAGGCAUCGCUCCGAUACAGGUGUACCGGCGCUUGAGGUGGUUGGGACGAGGCCUCCUUCCCUGUACUCUGGGCAGCCUGACCCUCUGACCUCUGACCUCUCCAAAGACCAAGACCUCGCCCAUCCCAGCAACACAGUGGCGUCGCCGGAGAGGAAGACGGCUGCCGCGGGUGACGGCGGAGGGUCAGGGAGCCGAGGGUCACGUGAAUCACGAGGGUCGCCGGUGAGGAAUGAGGAGGGCCCAGGCAAAAUGUCCCUCACGCUAAGCAAGCGUGACCUCCUCAACCAGAUGGUGACCCAGACCAAGCAACACCGUCAACAGAUCAGGAGUCUGGAGAACGAGUUGGAGCGGCUGCGGUCCGGGGACAUGUUGAACAAGUGUGAGGUGAGUGUGUCGGGCGUGGAGUGGCGGCCCGGGGACGUGGUGGGCGAGGGCUCCUUCUCCACCGUGUACCGCGGCGCCUACUGCGGCACGGAGGUCGCCGUCAAGGAACUCAAGUUCAAACUUUCUCAGGAUGACAAGAACUACUUCAGGUCAGAGGCGGCUCUCCUGCAGCAGCUCCAUCACCCACGGAUUGUCCUCCUGAUGGGGGUGUGCACUGGUGCCGCCCGGCCCUUCAUGCUGCUGGAGUACCUCUCAGGUGGCACCCUCUACAACCUUAUCCACACCACCACUCGGGAGAGACUGGACCACGCUGCGUACUUCGUGGUGGCUAAAGACGUGGCUCAGGGUAUGAACUACCUCCACCGGCACGAACCACAGGUACUUCAUCUUGACCUCAAGUCUAUGAACGUCCUCCUUGACUCCUACUACAGGGCAAAAAUUGCGGACUUCGGCUUCUCUAUCUUGAGGCGGUCACGAACUGGCUCUCCCGCCCAGCGUGGCUCUAUCAGAGGGACGCCCGCAUGGAUGGCUCCUGAGCUGCUGACCCAAGGUGAGGUGUCGGCCAAGUGUGACGUGUACAGCUACGCUAUCAUUCUCUGGGAGAUGCUCGCCGCCAGCCACCCCUUCAAGGGCCUUGAUAUCUUUCAGAUCAUGGAGACCAUUGAAGCAGGAGGUCGACCACCACUGCCCUCUAGUGGCGUAUCUCGGGAACUGAAGGAGCUCAUUACCUCAUGCUGGGCCCAGAACCCCUCCCUACGACCAAGUUUCGAAGAGAUCCUGGGCGCCCUGGAGUCAGCAGCGGUGCCCGCAUCAUGGCGAGGUGUUCUGCACAAAGCUAAUAUCACCCCAUCUCUCCUCUCUGAUGUCACAGCUGCCAGGACAAUCAUUGGUGUGGUUGAGCAGAGUGUGGAGCUCAUGCGACGAUCUCUGCAGCUCCAGAGAGCUAACAGCAAUAGACACCAAGACCAGGUGGUGAAGGGCCAGCUUCACCAUCAUGACAGUGUGGAUGGGGAGCAACCAACACCUGCCAGACACACCACCAGAGAUGACAAAGGUGGGAAGUUGUCCAGGUCACCGCGUGAUAGGUCAAAACAGGCCAGACGAUCCUCCCCGAGCAAGCAGUCUCGUCUUAGGGAAUUGACACCUGUGCGCCAGUCAUUGGGUAGAAGUUCAGAGCAGGACCCUCAGCAGGAAUCUGUGCCAUAUAAGAAUGAUCGUCGUCGAUCUCCAGAUAAGAGAUUGCGUCCACUCCGCAGUGACUCCAACAGAGUGGGCGAUGCAAGGGAGAGUAGUAUUGAUCAACCCAGAGGGAAGAAAGGGCUGAGCAGAGACAGACGCAGGAAUCACCUGGACGAGAAUUCUCCUGAAAGUAAAGAUCGUCGAAGAGGCAACGGGCACAGUUCAGAAAAUAAAAGAGACAGAGAAGGCAGGGAAAUGAAUGCAAGAGAUGGGAAAGACCGGGGCAGAGACAAACAGAGGAUGCCGAGGGAAAAGAUGAGACAAAGCAGAGAUCGAGGUGUUGAUGACUCUGAGUGGGAUGACAAAUGUGCUUAUGACCGAGGACAACGUGCUUCAAGACAGGCUAUUGCACAAAGAAAUAGUAUGAAUAAAGAAAAGUCCUCUCAUGACCGACGGUCCAAUAGUCUAGAAAGUCACAUAGAAUGUGUAGAUCGCCGUUUUAGUACCAGAGACCAGCACUCUAGUGGUAAUGAGCGACGUUUUAGCAGCAGUGAUAGGCAUUCUGAACUGCGUCGAGAGAUCCGCAGGCGCAAGUUCUACAGCAGGGAGCGGCAGGCACUGGGAGAGAAAAAUGUGCGUGUAAAGAGAAAUAGUAGACAUCCAGAGCAAGCAGUAGACAGCAGGGACAGUCUCGGUGAGAGUCCUGAAGAGUCCUGGACCAGCCUUGAGGGAAGCAGUUCGACAGGCUCCAACAAUGUCUUGGAUGACCCGGAUGAUCAUCACUUAGUAAGGAGAUAUUCAGCAAGUCCAAGACGGCUAUCACCAGAGAGACGAUAUUCUCCUGCAGUUCGAAGUCCCGAACAUAAUCGCCGCUCACCAGAUCGUUACCAUAACUUCAAUUUUCACCACAGUCCAGAGAGGCGGCACUCUCCUCGCAGCCCUCAGCGACGCUCCAGGAUACGGACUCCUGAAACCAGACGAACAGAGUCGGGAACAAGGCUUGGUCCCAUGGUGACAUCAGAACAACUGAUGAGCCAGAAACAGCGGUUGCGUCCUGUGCGGCCAUCUGCUCUCUCUGAUCUGACCCACAUGCCUGAACACUCCCUUAAUGACAUUUCCCUCAUUCUAAAGACGGCUAUUACUAAACGUCGUGAUGCCUUUGAGGAAGGACUUAGUGGCCGAGACACUUAUCUUUCAGAUGAUAUAGACUGGUCAGAUUGGCACUGAGGAGUGAUGCACAAUAAUGAAAUACUGUACAGUACAUCAGUGAAACACAAAAUGCUCAAUCUCAUCACAUUCAUUUAUGUAUAAUUCAGUUUAUUUGUAAUGCAGAUAAUUAAAAAUUUCCAUGUAUGUUGUGCCCACUGGGAACAUUCUAAGAGUGUCAUUAGUUGAUGUUGAUGACAAUUCGGUGUUACUCUAGGAUAUUGUGCCCACUGGGUUACAAUACCUGUUUUAUCCAUAAGAAUCUUUUUAUUCCAUUUUGUGGAAGAUUUUUUUUUAAAUACAGUAAUAUUGUUUUCCAAGUUACAGAGUUGGUAAUGUGAAUACCUACCACUGGAACUCAACAUUAUCUGUAUAAAAGGAAAUAUUUUAUUAUAUGUAAUUAAGGUUUUGGUGCUGAUUGAGAAGAGUUAGGACAUGGUGAUCUAGACCAGCCAUCUUGCAACAGUAGGUAUGGAAUGUAUCCUUCCGGAUAUUGUAAAUACAGUACCACAGGCUUAUAUGAUACUUCCCCUCUCUCUCUCUCUCAACUCAGCUUUAAUGUGUAUGUAAGGUGUCUGUAUAAAUACUGUUAAUACUGUAUUUCUUGGCAAGAACUGAUUUGUUGUCUCAAUAAUUGCUAUGCACAAUUUCCAUUCCUUUCCUAAGUUCUCAUCUGAAAAUCAAGCACGACCCUGACUGUAAUGACACUAUUCCUAUGACACAGGUUCAGUGUCAUAGGAAUAUCUAUACAUUCACAGCUCUUGAAUAAUGUCUUGGGAAAAACAAAUCACAAAAUUGCAGUAAAAAUUGUUUGCUGACAGUAACACCUUAACCUACCUGUCUGCUGCCUUGAUGUUGCAAGGUUGUCAGAAGUAAACAGUGCCUCCACAAGUGCUGCGACCAUCAUAGACCACAUAAUCAGUUAUUGAAUGUCAAUACAAUGAUUGGGAUGUCAAAACAAUCAUCCAAAAACUUAAGUCAACUCUCAAACAUAACUGAAAAAUUGGGACUGAAUGAAAUUUGAAUUCUUUUCAAGGUCAAUUGGAACUCUCACAAUGGGCAACAGUAUCAAGCUCAACAAGCCACAAAAGGGACAGAAAACAGAUGCUUUUUCAUCCAUUGUGUUACUGUAUAAACCCAAGACAUUAUUUAUCUAUCAAAUCCAUGAAUGUCAAGACAAAAAUCCAACUGGAAAAAUCCUCAGGAAGAAUCAGGGGGACCGUUGACAAGCUCGCUGGUUUUCUGUCCCAAUCGACACCGCUAGAAAUAGUGAGCCUCGGGUAAAUUUGGAUCCCUGGCUAUAGAUGAAUGACAAGUGGAUAAUAACUUGAAUUUGUACAGAGUCUCCAGUCUACUGACUGGAGUCAGUAGCAACAAAGAUUCCUGAAUGCAGAUGUAUGAAUAUUGGAUGAUCUAGAUCACUGGUAGUUAUAUGAUUUGAGGAAAUGAUAGCUAAGGUUGCUGGUUGUAAACAGACAAUUUGAUAGGAUGAUGCCCAGGGACAUACACUACAGGUAUGUAAUGACUGUUCCUGAUAUGGUAUGUAGUGUAUGAGCUCAUGAUGCUUUCACCAAAGGAGGUAUGUUAUGGUGAAGGAACAUGGCAGGAAGAGUGCCCCUGCCAUGUUCCAUGAGUUGAUACAUUCCGGUAUUUUACCCGAGUUCAAUGUUGUAUAACUGCUGAAUACUAUGUAUGUAUAAAAUGCUAAUUUUGCUUUGAUCUUCAAAGUGAGACGUCAGCAUUAUACAUAAAAAGUUGCCUAUACUUAGCUCUAUUUUUAAGAGAUCAAAAGAUAAUUUUGUAAAAACAAAGAUACAGAAGUUUCUUUUAUAACUUCAGUAUUUGUACUCUUAAGCAUCAAAUAAUUUAAUAAAGUUUAUUAUUAUUAAUA